AGUAGUUUGAGGGACAUCAUAAUAGAAGAAGCUGUUGGCCUUGACAUACGUAACGAAUAGAGCCAAGAAAUUUUGCAAGAAACUACUGUGCAGGCCUUCAGCGUGGAACGGUCUGAGUACUUGCAAUCAGCCAAUCCUUUUGAUAAGUGGGGAUGUGGAUGAAACAGAGAUGGGUUUAAUGAAUGAAAAAGUUUUUGCUGUAGUCCCAGGAGAGAGCUUGAUACAAACUGAUUACAAGAUCAAAAGAAAUGGCAGACCACCCAAAUAUUCCAAAUUUUCAGCUCCCAGAAGAAGUGAGAAAAUUCUUGGAAGAUGAUGCAGACGAGGAAGUACGGGAGGCCAAGAAUUCACUUCCACUUCCCAUGCAAAACCUAGGAAGACUCCUAUCAGAUAUGAACAAGGAAAUAGAUCCUCACCCCAAUCCCAAUGUACCAUCUCAAUUUGAUGCUCAGCAAAGAGUCAAUGCAAAUCUGUUUUGGGCGUUAUAUAAUCUUCAUACAGAGUUAAAGAAUUGUCGGAAAGAAAUUCUGAUUCACAGGAUAGAAGUCCUCCAAAGAAAAAUAAAGAAAGCAAAUAAGAAAAUAGCUGAUGCAAAAAAAAGUAAGAAAGCAGCAACUACUCUGUCAGCUGCCAGAUCAGUAGUAGAGCAUAUAAAAGGUGUUACAGAAACUUUUGAGGGAAUGGGUACCGAGAUCACAACAAUACAAUUCGCAAGUUUAGCAUUAAGCACAAAUGAGGACGUUAAUGGUCGGUUUGGGAAGCUGACAGCCCAAAAGAAGAUACUUCCAUUGAAGGCAGAACUAAAAGGACUUGAGGAACACUUGGCAUCAGAUGAAGACAAGCUGAGAAAGAUUGGCAAUUCAUCAUCCUCAUCAGGUUUGGACAUAUGGGAAGAAAUGCUCCUACCAGGAGGAAGCAAAUGAAUGUGGGUUUUGUUGGGUUUAGUCUAAAGAUUUUGUUAUUAUUUCAUAUAAGGUUGUGUGUGAGACUUCUCUUUUGGAGAUGGAAAAAAAUAUUUUUUUAAGUUGGUUUUUUAUAAUAAAUUAUGAUAAUGAAUGCAAUUAUUUUUUUAGUUCA